CUUCCGGUUGGCCGCUCGAGUGAGGAGCGCGUCUUCGUACCCGUGGCCGCUCCAGCCCCGUCCCAUCUCUGUCGUGGAGGACUCGCCUCGGCACAGGCGGGCUCGGUUCGGCCUUGCGGUAAGCCUUCGGCCGCGGCUGCCGGGCGGUCCUGGCGGCGGCGCACCGACGAGCGGACGGGUGGACGCCAGGGUCUGAGGCGGCUCCUCAGUUCCGCCGCUGGCCCAGCACCGGGGGGUCGGGUGCCGCUCCCUCCGCCGUCAGGGCCCACUUCUCUUCCUGCCUGUCUGGUUGAGUAAAGAUGACAGCAAUCAAGCACGCAUUACAAAGAGACAUUUUUACACCAAAUGACGAACGCCUGCUGAGUAUUGUCAAUGUCUGCAAAGCAGGAAAAAAGAAAAAGAACUGUUUUUUGUGCGCCACAGUGACAACUGAACGCCCCGUGCAGGUGAAGGUGGUCAAAGUCAAGAAAUCUGAUAAAGGAGAUUUCUACAAAAGGCAGAUUGCUUGGGCCCUUCGAGACCUUGCUGUGGUAGAUGCCAAGGAUGCUAUUAAAGAAAAUCCUGAAUUUGAUUUACAUUUUGAAAAAAUAUAUAAAUGGGUUGCCAGCAGCACUGCUGAAAAGAAUGCAUUUAUUUCAUGCAUUUGGAAACUGAAUCAGCGAUAUCUCCGGAAGAAAAUUGAUUUUGUCAGUGUUAGCUCACAGCUUUUGGAAGAAUCUGUUCCAAGUGGAGAAAAUCAGAGUGUGACAGGAGGUGAUGAAGAAGCAGUGGAUGAAUACCAAGAGUUAAAUGCAAGAGAAGAGCAGGAUAUUGAGAUAAUGAUGGAAGGCUGUGAGUAUGCAAUUUCAAAUGCCGAGGCCUUUGCAGAAAGGUUGUCCAGAGAGCUGCAGGUGCUAGAUGGGGCCAACAUCCAGUCAAUCAUGGCCUCCGAAAAACAAGUAAACAUCCUAAUGAAGUUGCUGGAUGAGGCUCUAAAGGAGGUGGAUCAGAUUGAAUUGAAACUGAGUAGUUAUGAGGAAAUGCUCCAAAGUGUAAAAGAACAAAUGGAUCAGAUCUCUGAGAGCAACCACCUGAUUCAUCUUAGUAACACUAAUAAUGUAAAACUCCUAUCAGAGAUAGAGUUCCUUGUGAACCACAUGGACUUGGCCAAAGGUCAUAUAAAGGCCCUUCAGGAAGGAGAUCUUGCUUCCUCCAGGGGCAUCGAGGCCUGUACCAACGCCGCGGAUGCCCUUCUGCAGUGCAUGAAUGUGGCUCUUCGACCAGGCCAUGACAUGCUUCUGGCAGUCAAACAGCAACAGCAGCGUUUCAGUGAUUUGCGAGAGCAUUUUGCCCGGAGACUAGCCAGUCACCUCAACAAUGUUUUUGUUCAACAGGGCCAUGAUCAGAGUUCAACUCUUGCUCAGCACUCUGCUGAACUGACUUUACCUAAUCAUCAUCCAUUUCAUAGAGACUUGCUCCGAUAUGCAAAGCUGAUGGAGUGGCUAAAGAGUACCGAUUAUGGAAAGUAUGAGGGACUAACAAAGAAUUACAUGGAUUAUUUAUCACGACUCUAUGAGAGAGAAAUUAAAGAUUUCUUUGAAGUUGCAAAGAUCAAGAUGACUGGCACAACUAAAGAAAGCAAGAAGUUUGGUCUUCAUGGAAGUUCCGGGAAAUUAACUGGAUCUACUUCUAGUCUAAAUAAACUCAGUGUUCAGAGUUCAGGGAAUCGCAGAUCUCAGUCAUCUUCCUUGUUGGAUAUGGGAAACAUGUCAGCCUCUGAUCUCGAUGUUGCCGACAGAACCAAAUUUGAUAAGAUCUUUGAACAGGUACUAAGUGAACUGGAGCCCCUGUGUCUGGCAGAACAGGACUUCAUAAGUAAAUUUUUCAAACUACAGCAACAUCAAAGCAUGCCUGGAACUAUGACUGAAGCAGAGGAGGUAGAUGGAGGAACGUCGUCACGGCAACAUAAUGCUGGCACACCACUGCCUGUUUCAUCUGAGAAAGAUAUGAUUCGCCAAAUGAUGAUUAAAAUAUUUCGCUGCAUUGAGCCAGAACUGAACAACCUGAUUGCAUUAGGAGACAAAAUCGAUAGCUUUAACUCCCUUUACAUGCUAGUCAAAAUGAGUCAUCAUGUGUGGACUGCACAAAAUGUGGACCCUGCUUCUUUUCUAAGUACUACAUUGGGAAAUGUUUUGGUGACUGUCAAAAGGAACUUUGAUAAAUGUAUUAGUAACCAAAUAAGGCAAAUGGAGGAAGUAAAGAUCUCAAAGAAGAGUAAAGUAGGAAUUCUCCCAUUUGUUGCUGAGUUUGAAGAAUUUGCUGGACUUGCAGAAUCAAUCUUUAAAAAUGCUGAGCGUCGUGGAGAUCUAGAUAAAGCAUAUACUAAACUUAUCAGAGGAGUGUUUGUUAAUGUGGAGAAAGUAGCUAACGAAAGCCAGAAGACACCCAGGGAUGUAGUCAUGAUGGAAAACUUCCACCAUAUUUUUGCAACGCUUUCUCGUUUGAAAAUCUCAUGUCUAGAAGCUGAAAAAAAAGAAGCCAAACAAAAAUACACAGAUCACCUUCAGUCUUACGUCAUUUACUCUUUAGGACAACCUCUUGAAAAACUAAAUCAUUUCUUUGAAGGCGUUGAAGCUCGGGUAGCACAGGGUAUAAGAGAAGAGGAAGUAAGCUAUCAACUUGCAUUUAACAAACAAGAACUCCGAAAAGUUAUUAAAGAGUAUCCUGGAAAGGAAGUAAAAAAAGGUCUAGAUAACCUCUACAAGAAGGUUGACAAACAUUUAUGUGAAGAGGAGAACUUACUUCAGGUGGUGUGGCACUCCAUGCAGGAUGAAUUUAUACGCCAGUACAAGCAUUUUGAAGGUUUGAUAGCUCGCUGUUAUCCUGGAUCUGGUGUUACAAUGGAAUUCACUAUUCAGGACAUUCUGGACUAUUGCUCCAGCAUUGCGCAGUCCCACUAAACCUUACAAAAGAAGAAAAGAUAAAUGGAAAAAGCACUCUUGAGUACACCAGACACUAUUCAAAAACAUCAAGCAACCGUUUUGAGAACCAGACUUGAAAUUUUAUGUAUGAAUGUCAGAUAAAUGGGUAAUACCAUACCACAAAUAUUCAGAAGCGAAAGUACCAACCUAUGUGGCAGUUUCAUUUGCCCAAUAGGUUGUGUACUAAAAGCAUUUAUCUCGGGCUUCCCUGGUGGUGCAGUGGUUAAAUCCGCCUGCCAAUGCAGGAGACACGGAUUCAAGCCCUGGUCCAGGAAGAUCACACAUGCCGUGGAGCAACUAAGCACAUUUCCCACAACCACUGAAGUCUGCACACCCUAGAGCCCAUGCUCUGCAACAAGAGAAGCCACUGCAAUGAGAAGCCUGCACACCACAAUGAAGAGUAGCCCCUGCUCGCCGCAACUAGAGAAAGCCCACGUGCAGCAACGAAGACCCAAUGCAGCCAAAAAUAAAUAAAUAAAUAAAGCAUUAAUCUCAUCAUAAA